AUGAACAGUAGUUUUUUGAAGAAUCUUAACUUUCCAAAAGUUAAAAGCUCUCAAGAAUUAUUAAAGCCUCUAUUUUUUUUAUACAAAUGCCAUGGAAUGUUUCCCUAUAAAAUUCGAAAAGAUCAGAUCACAAUAUCCAAGUUUAAUCUCGCUUACUCUUUAUUAAUUUCUAUUGGCUCAAUAAUUUUGUAUAUCAUAAUAAUGUAUCAAUGUCACGUUUCCAAUGGCAUAGAAUUCGAUACUGUCGAGGGGCUUUUACAAUUUGAUUCUUACUUUGCCUUGGCUACUUUCAUUUUGAUAGCAACGAGCUGCAAAAGCAAAAGUAUGUUAACAUUUUUGAAGAAAUUUCUUGAAGUUUCAUCGAUGCUAAACGAAAAUGAUCUGAAACAAUUGGCCAUAAUAAUUUAUUUGAAAGAUGCAGUAGGAUUUUUCUUUCUCAUUGGACAAGUGCCAAAUACGUAUUCAAAAAUACCUGCUCAAAUGCUUGGUAAAAUUUAUGGAGAAUUAAUAACUCUUAUAGUUUUUUUGAGUAACAGUCAAUACAGCAACUAUAUAUUGAUAUUAAAAAGAUGCUUCAGUCGCAUUAACAACGAUUUAGAAAGUAUAGUAUACAGCAAUAAUUAUGGCCAUCUCGAUCCAAUCAAGUCGGUAAUGAAACCGUUACAGGUGAAACAUUUACAGCUGAUUAAAUUGAGAAUAAUUCAACAAAAACAUCACAAGGUUUGUACCGUAAUGAGACUUUUGAAUUCGGUCUUUGCAUUGCCCGUAAUAGCCACGGUUAUCAUGACAUUCGCCGAAACGACGUUUGGCUUGUACUUUUUUCUGCUGCUCAAUCAAGGCAAAAAAAGCAUCGAUCUUGAAAAGCAAAUAUGGUACAAUUAUUUUCUAACGUCAGUCACUUAUCACUUCCUCAAACUGACGAUUUUAAUCUGGAUUUGUCAAGAAACUAAAAAUGAAGCGUCAAAAACCGGGAUUAUCGUUCACAAUAUCAUACUGCGCACCGAUAACGAAGAGCUGCGCGCCGAGUUGAACAUGUUUUCGCUACAUCUGCUGCAAUCGCCCAACGAAUUUUCGUCAAAAUGCAUAAAGAUGGAUGCGCAACUCAUAACUGCGGUCGUCAGCGGCAUAACUACGUAUUUGCUCAUAUUAAUGCAAUUUCUAAAGAUGAAAGUCGAACCGCGCGCAUCCUAA